GGCUGGCAAUUCACGUGUAAAGUUGAAAUAUUACGAUUUUUUUUAUUAAUUUAUUCAACAAAAAUAUUAGAAAUGAGCGGUGAUAGUAAGGAGGACACCUCACCCACUACCGAUGCUGUAGCACAGGAGCAAUCCAAUCCGCCAGAUGUGCCAGAAUCGACUCUGGCCGAUGGUGAACCCAUGUCCAAACGGCAGCGCAAGAAGCUUCUGAAAGUGCAGCAAUGGGAAGUCAAGAAAAAGGAAAAACGACUCAAGGAGAAGGAAAAAAAUAAACAACGAAAACUGGAAGCAAUCAAAGCCGGCCUACCGACCCGAAACGGUCCCAGCCGGAAGGAACUGAAACGGAACAAGAUCGACUACACCAAGUCGGACAUUACAGUUGUGGUGGAUCUGAGCUUCGAUGGGAUGAUGAUCGAUAAGGAUGUGGCCAAAUGCGUCAAGCAGCUGUUGCGUAUCUACACGAUGAAUCGGCGAUCGGAGAAACCGAUUCCGCUACAUUUCACCGGGAUUCAGCAGGGAGGAGCAGUGGAGAAGCAUCUGAAACGGAACGAUGGCUACCAGCACUGGGAUGUUAAGUUUAGCAGCCAGCCGUUUGUGGAUCUCUUCGACCGGGACAAACUGGUUUACCUGACAAGCGAGUCGGACAACGUGUUGGAUACGUUGGAGAAGGAUCAUGUGUACGUGAUCGGUGGGCUGGUGGAUCACAAUCAAUACAAAGGUCAUUGCCACGGGCUGGCAAGCGAGAUGGGCAUCCGGCACGCUCGGUUGCCUCUGAGCGAGCACAUUGUCAUUAAGACUCGGACGAUUCUGACCAUUAACCAAGUGUUUGAAAUUUUGAUGAAAAUUCAACUAGGCGAAAAGUGGCAAGAAACACUAAUGGAGGUGCUACCAAUGAGGAAAGGUGCGAAGCCGAAGGAAUUGGAAAAAUCAUCGGCCCAAGAUGAUUCGACAGAAAAAAGUGAUACAGUUGUAACUGCUGAUAAGAAGGAAGAGGAACCUAACGACAGUGCUAACUCAUCAGAAGACAGCGCGAGCUAGCAGAAUUCUUUCGCUUUACCAUGGCAAAACUUGGUAUAAUAAAAUAAACC